AUGAUUUCAUCUACGUUUAUCGAUGUGGGUAUGAAAAUGGUUACGGGAGGUUCAAUCUUUCAACCGUUUGACGACAAUACAUAAAUAAAUCCUUUGUAGUUCAAGAACCCAUUUAUUGAUCUUUGCACCUGGAUUGCUUCCGUCACGGCAGGGCAAUGGACUCCGUGUCAACAUACAGCGCGGCCAGUCUGGCCUGGCUAGCGAUCCAGGCCACGACGCUCAUCGUCUGGCCCUCACUCAUCAGCACCCUCCUCCGGGCCGACGGCCCUGCGCAAGGGGCGCCAUACGGCGUCGCCAAUUCCAAUGCGUCUCUGGAGCAGUACUUUGCCCGCUCCCUCGGGCUCGCACAACUAGCCCUGGGCAGCCUCCUCCUCGUCCUCUCCGGGGCCCUGCCGCUCGACUCGCCAGCUAACCCGCCCGACAACACGUCGAACCCGACCCCCUCCGCGUCCGCCGCCGUGCUGCUGACGACCCUCUACCACGCGGCCGCGGCGUUUUAUGCCUACACGCGCUACCACGCGACCCGCGGGCUGACGGCGUACCUGCUGGGCUGCCUCGCCAGCAGCGUGCUGGCGGCGUACGGGCUGGGGGUGCUCUUGUUUGCGGGCGACAGGAACAGGCGAGUCAGCCGGCGGACGGGGGCGGACAAGAGCACGAGCGGGUGGCCGUUCAAGAACGCCGAGGCGGAUAAGAAGAAGAAGAAGAGGUCGUGAUGUUGUUCGUUUCUGAGGUGGUCCGGGCUGUCUUCGAGGGAGGGAGAGGGGGUAGAUCCGUUGAUUGCUCAGAGAUGUUGAUGCAUGGUGUCGCUUGGGCGUGAUCGUAGUGACGAGGUCGUGUCGAGAUUGGCGAGGGCCUUAGUUGAGUUUGGGCCGAAGCCGUGUGUUGGCGGCCCCCCC